GUCUCUGUUGGUAAGAAAGAGAUAAAAGAAUGAAACACUUCACACUCUCUCUUUCCCAGUAGCAUAGUGUCUUACUGAAGCGAACCCAACCCUUUAAGUUCAAGAAAAUCCAAAACCAAAAAGCAAAAAACGAAACUAAAACAUGGCAGUCAUUCACCACUGUCCUUGUCGUCCUCUCCUUCACACACUCUUCUCUUCCACCACCAGGACCACCACCAGAACAUUAGGCCGUGUUUGGCCUCGCUCUUUCUCUCAUACUCAAACCACUCCACCACCACCGCCGCCUUUUUCUUCUUCGCCUCUCCAACCAAACACCCCAACACGCAUACUCUCUAAUGUAGAGCAAACAGGAGUGGGAAGCAAUGUUUUGGGUGCUAAAGUGAGUGUGUUAAAGCAGAAAAUGGAGCUUCUUGGUAUCAACUCUCAUGAUUUUCUUAUUCCUGGACGCUUCCAUCACUUUUUUUGCCCCAAGUGCAAAGGAGGGCAGUCAAUGAUAAGGACCUUAUCUCUUCAUAUCAUCCAAGAUGGGGGUUUUGCUAUGUGGAGGUGUUUCCACAAUGAAUGUCAAUGGAUAGGCCAGGUAUUUGCAGAUGACAGGGAAGCAUAUAAUGGAUUCGGCAAGAAAGUCAAGUCCUUUGGACAAAUAUCUGAGGAAAGUCUAGGAUUAGAACCGCUAGGUUCCGAGCUGAUUGCAUAUUUUGCUGAGCGGAUGAUAUCUGAAAAAACAUUGCAAAGAAAUGCUGUUAUGCAAUUAUCUUCACAGAAGAAUGUCAUUGCUUUUACUUAUAGACAAAAUGGACUGCUUGUUGGUUGCAAGUACCGAACUAUUGAAAAAAGAUUUUGGCAGAAGAAGGGUACAGAGAAGAUAUUAUAUGGACUUGAUGAUAUAAAUGAUGUGGCUGAAAUCAUCAUUGUUGAAGGUGAAAUAGAUAAGCUUUCGCUAGAGGAAGCUGGCCUCUGCAAUUGUGUAAGUGUUCCUAAUGGUGCACCAACAAAGGUUUCCACUAAAGGAUUACCAUCUGUUCAAAAGUAUCUCUGGAACUGCAAAGAGAACCUGGAUAAGGUUUCUCGCAUCAUCUUGGCAACUGAUGGUGACACAUCAGGCAAAGCUUUGGCUGAAGAGCUAGCAUGCCGCCUUGGAAAAGAGAGAUGUUGGAAAGUACAUUGGCCAAAGAAAGAUGACUCCUGCUAUUUUAAAGACGCUAACGAGGUUCUCAAACAUAUGGGACCAGCUGCUCUGAAGAAGGUAAUUGAAGAUGCAGAGUUAUAUCAGCCAAAUAUUGUAAACCAAGUAACGUAAGGUACAUAGCUAAUACAAGGUAUUAUAGAUGGAAAACAGGCUUCUUCACUGUGCAAGUGUACGAUAAGGCUGUAAAGUAAAAAUAACAUAGAUUUUAAGUUGUGGUGCUGGGUGGAAGCAAUGUUUAGUGUGUACAGGUAACAGUUCAAUAUUGGUUUUAUCUGCAUUUUACAUGGAUCAACUUGACACGUUGAAGAAAAGAGUAUUAAGUGGCCAGCCAUCUUUUCAGCCAAUCAUGAAAGGUUAUCGAUCACUGCUAUGUUUAAAUAUGGAAGAAACAAACUUCCUUUACGGAUUUGUACAGACAAGAGGAACUUUGUUUAUUUACAGUGAUUUAUUUUUCUAA